AUGAACACCAACACUUCUACUGCGUCCUCGGUUCAACCAACUCUAGACCUACAAGCUCUACUCUCAACUAUGCCUGAUUUCUCGUUAAUGACUAGCUUACAGAACAGUAUGAAUAAAGACAGACCCAACGGAGAGAAUCCUAUACCCACAUCGCAGAGCUUGCUAUUCCCAACGAUCCCGAACGAUCAGCUGGCUGCGCUUUCGCUAGGUCUAUUCCCUCUCUCGGGUUUCCCAAUGUUUCCAUUACUGCCAAUGGGCCCCAUGAGCAGCUCAGGGCUUCCACCACAUUCCACAAUCGAAAGUCUUGGCUUGAUGACCAAUGUAAGUUAUUCUUCACCUUACUAACU